AUGACGAGGAAGAGCAUUGACGCUGAGUCUUACACAAUCCAUCUCUCUGCCAGUGAAACUGAUUCCGAGAAACAAUGCAGUUACUACAUGUGGAGGCAAAAGUUUACUGUAAAACUUGAGAACCGUGUGGAAAGAAGAAGCGAAGUCGACGACUGGAUGAUAACUUUAGCGUUCCCAUACGGAGAGCGUCUUGUCUGUGGAAAUACCUCUCCUGGUAUCUAUGCGUUUCUUCCCACAGAGAUGGUAACAAACUUUCCUUUCAUCAUUCAAGCUGAUUUCAUUCUUUCAUCGUCGAGAGAAACUAUACUUCUUGAUGAUAUAUGGAACCAAGGGAUUCUCAGUUGA